AUGGACGCCGUGGUUGAUUACUACUCCGAGUACGCUGUUUACUGGUACGCGAGCUUCUCCUUCAUGUUUUUCUGCGAUCCGUGCUGCUCGGAGAUACGCGGGAGGUGUAAAAAUGCGCGGCGAACAACAACUGCUCUCUUUUCGAACGCGUGCUCCAAAACUUUGCUCUCCGUGUGCUCUAGCCAAUCAUUCGGACCCUGGGAGUUGUCAGAUAAUCAAUGAUCAAAAGUUGCAGGGAAAAGAGAGCUUGAACUACUUCCUGAGUGGCAGCCGGAAACAACAUGAAAACGAAAAAAGAGGAGGGAUUGGGCUCGAAUCACGAGUUCUGCAGAAGUUGCUUCUUGGAGUGUUUUGCGAGCAAAAAUGUUCUGUGGUAAUCGUUCAUGGAACUACUGGGAUAUUGACCGGAACAUAACUAUUGUUUGUCCUACCCAGUCAACGCAUAUCAUUAGGCUAAUGGAAUUUUCAAUAUUCUCCUCACAUAAAGGACAAAGGGAUAAUCUUCGAUUCUGAGAACUUCAGUCAUUUUUAACAUUACAUGGCGUAUCCAAAGAAUUGCCAAAGAACUCCGAAACGAUCCCCUUUCUCUGAAUGUUUUUCAGAGGUGGUGAAUGACUUUAUGUGAAACGAUCACCAGUAAUGUACGUAGCUCUCAAUGCUCAAUGAGCAGAUCUUUAUAUUGUAAGCCGCUAAAAGUGCAUGCCAAAGUGAGAAUGAGCUUGGCCAGAUGUCGCCCACGUUUCUUUGAGAGUCAAUUUGCGAAACAGACUUUGAUGGGCACAAAACCUGAUUCCUUGUGAUCAUACAAAUAAUCUUUAGCUCCCGAGUACCAAAUUUUUAAAUAACCGGUACCGAAGUUGUUUCGAUGAUCACAUCACGUUCAGCACAAAGUUUCCUUUUUCGAGAACACAAACAUUUUCUGCAUUUCUCCCUAACCACCUGCCUUCGUUGGUUUAAUGAGUUCCUUUCCAUAUUUGGCAGGAAAUUAUGAUCAUUGUACGUCACAAUUUUCUGGUUAUACGAAAAAAAAAAUUAUUUUUUCAUUAUGCUCUAAUUCAGCCAAGCAUAAGACGCAUUCUGUUCAUUCACGAGGGUACAUGCACUUUUUUGAGAUUGAAUGCACUGAAGCACGAUCUCAGUAAUACGCGAGGACAGGAUUUCGACAUGGGUUCCUACGGUAGGACACGUGCCGAAACUAAUAAUCUAAAUCCGAACUAUGGAGUCUUAAGCUAAGUAAUAUCUAAUACUCUCCUCAUGUUUUGUCACGUCGGAUGACGUGACUGACCUGAGAAAAUCCAGAACAAUCGCCGAUCUCCCCAGACGCUGUCUACUGUACUUUGAGUGCCAAUCGUACAGAAACAUUAUCCCGUCUAAUCUGCAUGCACUUUUUUUUCGAAUCUCAUUCACGCGCUUCUUCUGAUCCCCAUCAUCUGAUAUCUUGAAGUCCGAUGGUUUGUUUUUUCCUGAUUAGAAUAAUGAAGACCGAAAUUCAGUUUUGAAACGGACUUUAACCGCAGUUUUUUUCAUAAAUAACGAGACUUCAAACUUAUUAAAAUAGAACGAAACCAAGAACUGGUAGAAGUACCUCCUCCGCUGUGAUUCGCGGCUACAAAAUUUGCGUAUUAACGUAGUUUGAAGUCAUGAUUACAGUUCCAAUUCCAGAUGUUCAAUAGUCAGUUAACCAUGACGAACCAACAGAACCGCUUGCAAAGAAACCGGUAGACUGCAAACGGCAAACACAAGUUGCGGGAAAUCAGAAAACGGCUGUCUUGAAGGGGAAAAAGUUUGCGGAGCUAACAAACUGGGACCCUUACGGUGGAAUGUUUGCGGUUGUCGGGAACCAACGCUGGCAGCACGGUCCUUUUUGAGAGAUUGAUGAGUGGGACAAACAGGGAUGGAUAAGCUGUCGCCACUUAUUAGAAUAAUUCUAUUUGGCUUUUAUAGACAAAUAAAAGAUUUCGAUUGCAGAGUGAGGAUUGGUUUACUGAAAAAGCGGCGCAGGAUUUUUCAAUACAACUUUCAGAGAAAGCCCCUUUAUUUUUCUUAUCGGAUUCUCAGGGAUUGUCCACUCAGAAUAAUUCAUAAUGCCGAAUGUACCGAAGAAAAGCCAUGGGUGCAAAGGAAUUCAGAAGAUCUAAUUUGGUUUUGUUCAAUUCUCGGAAGAUUUUGAGCACUACGGCUUCAUCAGAACUAUCUAACUAUCUGUCCAACUCGCCGUUUGCUAUCUAGAUUGAUCACUGCAAAACUAAACUGGUUCCAUGCCACUCAAACGUUGGAAGAUCAAAUAGCGCGUGAUUCUAAAGUCAUAUCCCGGUGCUCAACCAUCCUACGUUUAAUGUUUCGAAAAUCACGUUUCGCAAAAUGCCACGAUCAGCUUUUACGAUACAACCUUUCGCAGUCUAGACAGGACGGGAAGUUACAUUUCUUCAGCUUCGGAAAUGAACUUUUUUGGCAUAAUGUUCUAGACGGAAAUGGAACUUGUUACCGGGAUAACCUAAAGGUCAUUGUUAUAUUAUGGAACAAACUAGGUAGAAAUGACGUCAGACGAAAAAACCAAGAAAUGAAAUGUGGUCCAACUUUAAUUCUCCAGGAACGUCUUUAUAAAUUCAGAAUUCAUGAUUUUUUCUUGAGCGUGCUGUCGAGAACAAGAAUCCGUAGUGAAUCUAAUUUGCUAGACAGAAUUGUGAAAAACUGCUAUUUUCAGCCUGGUAAUCCUGUUAUGAACAUAAUGAAUGUACUGACUCAGUUCAGGGUAAUAUAUUUUGAUGAAAUCACAUCAUCUUCGAUUUUCACUUGCAUUGAACUAACUGAAUUCAGAAGAGAUUUACUUGAAAGAAACUUUGAAAGUUUCAUAAAUGCAUUUUGGUUCAGUAUCAGAUUACUUAAGAUAGUAAGAGAUCUACGAACUGUUUUUCUGUCAACGACAUCGGACUUUCUGAGACUUCAUUAGAAUAUAUUACCCUGAACUGUUGCUGAAUACAACCAAACAUUCUCCAUUCCAUUUCACUGAUUUUUUGUAGAAGCACUAAAUGAAUUUGGCCAAAAAAAAUUAUAUCUGAAGCUGAAGAAUUUGAUAUUAAAAGGUCUAAUUCGGUUUUUGGCUUUGUCACUUGUGAUCAGUACAACUUUUGUAUCUCCGGUCCGUCGAUUCCGCAUCACAUGCAUCGGAGCCUUGAGCACGUUCAUUUUACGUCACAAUCCCCGCAUCCGCUAUUAGGCCACGCCCAUUUGCGGAAGCAGAAGAAUCCGCGGCGGGGCGGGGCGCCUACGGCAACCAUCCUCGCAAGCCCCGCCUACCGGGUGUAUAAGAGGCUGACCAAAAGUGCUUUUCUCGUUGGCUCUCUCUGUUCCAUCUGUUACCCCCGAAACUUAUCCAUACCAACCUUCUGUUUUCCAGGCCCUUCUCUUCCCGACCGUCCUCGCUCAAAAUGCAAUUCCAAGCCGCACUCUUCUUGUGCUGUGGAACUUUUCUUGUCACCGCUCAUCCACCAACCAGUGCUAAGGUACGAAAAAUGGAAUCUAAGGAAAAUACAAAGCUAACCAAACACUUACAGAUGCACGAUGCCAUUGGCGUCUUGGCCACCGAAAUUGACACCGCUCAUCUGACCAACAAACCUGUGCUGAAGAUGAACAAGCCUCUGUCGGAUGUGGCUGCCACUACUGGAGAGCGCGUUGUCCUCACUUGCGAAGCCACCAGCACCCCGGCCGCGGUCUUCCUCUGGACCUUCAACGGAGAGACCGUCCAAGGAGAUCAUGAUCUGAACAUGUACGAGAAGGUCUCAAACAUUGGAAAGCCGAUCGUCGAAAGCGGAAUCGUCGCCUCGACGUUCACCAUCCCAUGCGCCUCUGCCUCGGACGCUGGUGUCUACAAAUGUGUCGCCUACAACGGCCACAUCACCACCGAGUCGACUGCCACCGUCUCCGUCGGUAAGCAAAUCAUUAUAUGAUAACAUUUACCAAUGAUUCCAUUUCCAGAAGGAGACGAUGUCCCGUGCAAGUCCACCCGCAAGUCGGCACCAACCAUUGUCCAGUGGUCCGACAGUCGUUUCGAGAUGCAAGGAAACACCGCCACCCUUUUGUGCAGAACCAACAAGCCGGCCACCAUUACCUGGGACUUGGACGGUGAACUGCUCCGCGGGCACAAGGAUCGGCAUGAGGUGCUCCACAACGGAGAUCUCGUCAUCCACGACGUUCACUGGGAGGAUAUGGGAACCUACGUCUGCAUUGCCAGCAACAAGCACGGAGAGGAUCGCGUCGAGACCUUCCUCUAUCCGACCGCCAAGAAGACCCUCUAA